CUCAAGUGGCUAGAUGGUGAUAUUGUUUGUCUCCAAGAGGUGGAUCCACCCUACUUUGCUGGGAUCCUAAGUGAAGACAUGUCAUUACUGGGGUAUGAAGGACUCUUUGUCAAGAAGUCUCAGCACACAGGUCGACAAGAGGGUGUGGCCUUGUUUUAUAAACAGGAUAAGUUUGAUCUUGAAGAAUCAAAGACACUUGUUAUUGAUGAAAUUGCAACAGAUAUCCUGGCAGAGGCUGAGUCCAACAAAUUUGGAGAAGUUUUGUUACUCGCAGCAUUAAGACACAAGAAUAGCGGUACUAUGGUGCUUACAGCUACCACUCAUAUUUUGUGGAAGGAUCUCUUAGAACCUGUCACACAAGUGUGUGAAAUUGCAUUUGUCACACAAGCUGUAUGUGACAUGUUGACAUCACUGAGGUCUAGAGCCAAGCAUGUGGCUUACAUUCUCUGUGGAGACUUUAAUAUUGACCCUCAUUACCCUGCUUAUCAUCUUCUGAAGGAUGGACAACUCAGUGAGAAACAGUUCUCUAUACUCCAGACUGUUGAUUAUUUGCGAUUUCCUGCAGACAUUGAAAAACCUCCCCAGGUACCAUAAGAAUAUUAUAGUGUAUUGAGUAUAUUAUAUAAGUACAGUAUAUUACGAGCUUACAAUGACACCA